AUGACAGAUCCAACAUGUGAUAUCUAUACAUCUAAAGUUAAAUCAUUAAAAAAAACAUCACCAGCAUCUUUAAAUUCAAAUAGAGCUAUUGCAUUAUCAAGAACUAAAUCAAUAAUUGCAAGUGAUAAUAAAGUUAUUAAAAUCAAAAUUGAAUUACCAAAAAUUGAAAAUAAAAUAUUUUCAAAAAUUAAAGGUAUUCCAUCACCAUUUAAAAUUGAAACAAGUAAUGAAACUAUAUAUGACACAAAAUUAAAAUACGAAAUCCAAUCACUUUCAUCAUCAAAAUCAUAUGAUAAAAUAUCAGCAAUUGAUUCAAGUGGAUCAGUUUGGAUUUCAAAUUAUAAUAAUAAUAAUAAUAAUAAUAAUAAUAAUGAUGAUGAUGAUGAAAUUGUACAUUCAUAUUCAAUUAAUUAUGAUAAUAAUAAAUUUACAGAGUUAGGAUGGGCAGGAUCAUCAUUUAAUACUAAAGAUUCAACAAUAAUUGCAAAAACUCAAUUUUAUCAAAAAAAUAUUCAAAUUUAUAAAGGUGAUCAAUUAUCACAAACCAUUCAAUUAAUUCAAAAUCCAACUCAAAUUAAUUAUUUUGAUCAUGAAAAAUCUCAAACUUCACUUUUAGCUAUAACUGAAUUUAAUCAAUUAAAAAUUUUUGAUCCAAGACAAUCUUCAAAUAAUUGUUGUAUUCAAAAGUUUACUCCAGGAACAUCAUGGUUAUAUUCAAUGGCGAUUUCAUCAAAUUCAGAAUAUAUAGCAGUUGGUGGAUCAUCAAGAACUGUUAGUGUUUAUGAUACAAAGAGAUGGAAUAAUUCAGGUAAUUGGAAGAAUUGUUUAAAGUACGAGAUUACAAAUAUUGAAUUUUCAAAUACAAGACCUUCGAUUUGUUAUGUUGGUGGAUUGGAUUCAGAAGUUUUAGCAGGUGAAUGGAAUGGUUCAAGUGGUGUCGAUCAUUUCACUGGUCUUAGAGUUGAUUCCAAAUGGUUAGGUUUAUCAAAAUUAAGAGAUCAAGAAUAUAUAUUUGGUUAUACUGGUUCUUCUUCAAUCUAUUAUAUCGAUAAUUGUGAUAAAUUAUUCCAAGGUACUUUAUCUGAAAAAUCAUUACACAAUACUUCAAAACAAGAAAAAAAACAACAACAUCAAUUAAAUAAUCAAUUAAAACAACAACAACAAAAAGAUAAACAAGAACAACAACAACAACAACAACAACCAAAUGAACAAGUUAUGCAAGAAAGUGAUAAUAGUAAUAGUAAUAAUAAUAAUAAUAAUAAUGAAACAACAAUUGGUAAAGCAAGAUCAAUUGAAGGUUCACCAACAGGUGAUGAAAAACAUCAAUCAAAAAAAUUAAAAAAGGAAGAAUAA